GACAGGGACCAAUGCGGGGACUCUCAGUCUUCAUCGCACACAGCCGGGAUGCAGACAGCUGCCUUCGUCCUCCUCCUGGCCCUCGCGGCCCCAGCCUUCGGGGGACCCGUGUCCACCCCGUCCCUCUUCCCCACCCAGGAGAACUUCAACAAGGACAGGUUUAUGGGAAAGUGGUAUGAUGUUGCCACGGCAUCCUCCAAUCCCAAGGCCGAUCAUCACGAGGCUGAAGAGUCAAUGGGUGCCUGGGAGCUCAAACUAGGAGAUAGCAACACAGUCAGCAUUACGGUGACUGCCUUCAGGCGUGGGGUGUGUAAGGAAUUCUCUACAGUUUAUGAGCUGACUGAAACACCCGGGAGGAUGUUCCAUCACACCAAGUUUGGGACCGACAUUGAUGCGUAUGUGGUCCACACAAACUAUGAUGAGUAUGCCAUCGUAGCCAUGUCCAAAGAAAGACAGGGAGACAGCAGGACCAUUACGUUUAAGCUUUUUGGUCGUGCCAUGGAACUUCGCCCAACUCUGAUGACUGAUUUUAACCAGCUGGUGAAGGAGCAGGGCAUCAGUGAAGACUCCAUUAUCCUCCUCCAAAAGAAAGAGAAAUGUACUCCAGGAGAGAUAUCGCUGGAGCCAGAGUUUCAGAGAAUAAGGAGAAGUGUUGUCCUGCCCGCACCCGUUGAGGAAGGCUCAGGAGAUGACACGCCCAUCUUCCGCACUGCAGAAUCCUGUCAGCUGGCCCCCGACGUGGGCCCCUGUUUCGGGCUGAUGCAGCGCUUCUACUACAACUCCACCCUCAUGGCCUGCCAACCGUUCACCUUUGGCGGUUGCCUCGGCAACCAGAACAACUUUGUAACCGAGAAGGAAUGUCUGCAGAGCUGCCGUACAGAGGCUGUCUGUAGACUGCCCAUAGACGUGGGCUCCUGCACCACACACGCUGAGCUGUGGGGCUUCGACUCCACUGCCGGAAAGUGCGUCUCUUUCAAGUACGGCGGCUGCAAGGGGAACGGCAACAAGUUCUACAGCCAAAAAGAAUGCAAUGAGUACUGUGGAGUGGUGAAGGAUGGAGAUGAAGAAUUGCUCAAGACAAACUGAAGGUGACAGAACAGAAAGCAUGUGACAAAGAGCAUGCAGUCAAACAGCACAGAUCAACAGUAGAGGAUAUCUUUGAUUCAAGAUACACCGGUGCUAGUUCAAACAACACACACAUUGUCUGACAUAUGGUCUUCUAGCCAUCUGCAGCUUUUAGUCUUUUGUAUUUUUGAUGUCCCUUCUACGGUAUGUUGAUUAGUGCAAUAUAGCACUUUUUUCAUGAAAUGCAAAAGAAUGAUUGAACAUUUGAGGCUAUGUUCUGUGAUGUUAGUAUAAAAGGGAAAGUUGAAAAGGGUAUUGUGCUUACUUGCCUCCCUGUGAGUGGUUUCCAUGUAAAAAGCUUGCAGACUCAGUAUAAAGGAGUGGCUCCACAUGCAAUCCUA